UGGGGGAGGGCGGGCUGAAGCAGCUGAAGCGGCGGCGGCGGCGGCGGCGGAGGCUCGGGCAGAGGGGCGGGAGCUGCGGCGGGAGCGGACGGGCUGGUGGGCGAGCAAGAGGCGGCGGAAUGGUGGACUACCACGCGGCGAACCAGUCGUACCAGUACGGCCCCAGCAGCGGGGGCAAUGGCGCCGGCGGCGGAGGCAGCAUGGGCGACUACAUGGCCCAAGAAGACGACUGGGACCGGGACCUGCUGCUGGACCCGGCCUGGGAGAAGCAGCAGCGCAAGACGUUCACAGCCUGGUGCAACUCCCACCUGAGGAAGGCUGGCACACAGAUCGAGAACAUCGACGAGGACUUUCGAGACGGGCUCAAGCUCAUGCUCCUUCUGGAGGUCAUUUCAGGUGAGCGGUUACCUAAGCCGGAGCGGGGCAAGAUGAGAGUGCACAAAAUCAACAAUGUGAACAAAGCCCUAGACUUCAUCGCCAGCAAAGGAGUCAAGCUGGUCUCCAUCGGAGCAGAAGAGAUUGUGGACGGCAAUGCAAAGAUGACCCUGGGAAUGAUCUGGACCAUCAUCCUCAGGUUCGCCAUCCAGGACAUCUCUGUGGAAGAGACCUCCGCCAAGGAAGGGCUGCUUCUCUGGUGCCAGAGGAAGACGGCCCCAUACAAGAACGUCAACGUGCAGAACUUCCACAUCAGCUGGAAGGAUGGCCUUGCCUUCAAUGCGCUGAUCCACCGACACAGACCCGAGCUGAUCGAGUAUGACAAGCUGAGAAAGGAUGACCCUGUCACCAACCUGAACAAUGCCUUUGAAGUGGCCGAGAAAUAUCUAGACAUCCCCAAGAUGUUGGAUGCAGAGGAUAUUGUAGGCACUCUGAGGCCAGAUGAGAAAGCCAUCAUGACUUACGUGUCCUGCUUCUACCACGCUUUCUCGGGGGCUCAAAAGGCGGAGACUGCUGCCAACCGGAUCUGCAAGGUGCUGGCCGUGAACCAGGAGAAUGAGCACCUCAUGGAAGAUUAUGAGAGGCUGGCCAGCGACCUCCUGGAGUGGAUCCGACGCACCAUCCCCUGGCUGGAGGACCGCGUGCCGCAGAAGACCAUGCAGGAGAUGCAGCAGAAGCUGGAAGACUUCCGGGACUACCGGCGCGUCCACAAGCCGCCCAAGGUGCAGGAGAAGUGCCAGCUGGAGAUCAACUUCAACACACUGCAGACCAAGCUGCGCCUCAGCAACCGGCCUGCCUUCAUGCCCUCCGAGGGCAGGAUGGUCUCGGAUAUCAAUAAUGGCUGGCAGCACCUGGAGCAGGCAGAGAAAGGCUACGAGGAGUGGCUGCUGAAUGAGAUCCGCAGGCUGGAGCGGCUCGACCACCUGGCAGAGAAGUUCCGGCAGAAGGCCUCCAUCCACGAGGCCUGGACCGACGGAAAGGAGGCCAUGCUGAAGCAUCGGGACUACGAGACGGCCACCCUGUCAGACAUCAAAGCCCUCAUCCGAAAGCACGAGGCCUUCGAGAGCGACCUGGCCGCACACCAGGACCGCGUGGAGCAGAUCGCAGCAAUUGCCCAAGAGCUCAAUGAGUUGGACUACUAUGACUCCCACAAUGUCAACACCCGGUGCCAGAAGAUCUGCGACCAGUGGGACGCCCUUGGCUCUCUGACCCACAGCCGCAGGGAAGCCCUGGAGAAAACAGAGAAGCAGCUGGAGACCAUUGACCAGCUGCAUCUGGAGUACGCCAAGCGGGCAGCCCCCUUCAACAACUGGAUGGAGAGUGCCAUGGAGGACCUGCAGGACAUGUUCAUUGUCCACACCAUCGAGGAGAUCGAGGGCCUGAUCUCCGCCCACGACCAGUUCAAGUCGACACUGCCAGAUGCCGACAGGGAGCGGGAGGCCAUCCUGGCCAUCCACAAGGAGGCCCAGAGGAUCGCCGAGAGCAACCACAUCAAACUGUCGGGCAGUAACCCCUAUACCACCGUCACCCCGCAGAUCAUCAACUCCAAGUGGGAGAAGGUGCAACAGCUGGUGCCCAAGCGGGACCACGCCCUCCUAGAGGAGCAGAGCAAGCAGCAGUCCAACGAGCACCUCCGCCGCCAGUUCGCCAGCCAGGCCAACGUCGUGGGGCCCUGGAUCCAGACCAAGAUGGAGGAGAUCGGGCGCAUCUCCAUCGAGAUGAACGGGACCCUGGAGGACCAGCUGAACCACCUGAAGCGCUACGAGCGCAGCAUCGUGGACUACAAGCCGAAUCUGGACCUGCUCGAGCAACAGCACCAGCUCAUCCAGGAGGCGCUCAUCUUCGACAACAAGCACACCAACUACACCAUGGAGCACAUCCGCGUGGGCUGGGAGCAGCUGCUCACCACCAUCGCCCGCACCAUCAACGAGGUGGAGAACCAGAUCCUCACCCGCGAUGCCAAGGGCAUCAGCCAGGAGCAGAUGCAGGAGUUCCGGGCGUCCUUCAACCACUUCGACAAGGACCACGGCGGGGCGCUGGGGCCGGAGGAGUUCAAGGCCUGCCUCAUCAGCCUGGGCUACGACGUGGAAAAUGACCGGCAGGGUGACGCUGAGUUCAACCGCAUCAUGAGUGUGGUUGACCCCAACCACAGCGGCCUCGUGACCUUCCAAGCCUUCAUUGACUUCAUGUCAAGGGAGACCACCGACACAGACACGGCUGACCAAGUCAUUGCCUCCUUCAAGGUCCUGGCAGGGGACAAGAACUUCAUCACGGCCGAGGAGCUGCGGAGAGAACUGCCCCCCGACCAGGCCGAGUACUGCAUCGCUCGCAUGGCGCCGUACCAGGGCCCUGAUGCUGUGCCUGGCGCCCUCGACUAUAAGUCCUUCUCCACAGCCCUGUACGGAGAGAGUGACCUGUGAGGCCCCCACUGGAGAAACCCCAACCGAACGCCCCCUCCUCACAGCCUCCAGGAGGGGCUGGGGGAGCCCUCGGCCCUUCUCCCCGCUGUGGGGGCCUCCCAGGUCCUGUUCCUCUGACUCUGUAUCUAUGCAAAGCACUCUGUCAGUUCUUUCCAGGGGGGUGGGGGUGGGGGUGGGGGGUGGGGUGGGCAGGGAGGGGCUGGGGCAGGCUCUCUCCUCUCUCUUUGUCUGUUGGCCCCCUCCCCCUGCAUAGAGGUGAGGGAGACUUUCGGGGUCAGCGCUUCUGGUCUGGUAAAUAUAUAUGAUGUGUUGUUUUGUUUUUUAACUAUGUGGAGGGGACCGUGGAUUCCCACAGCAAAACAGGUCCCCUCCAGGCCCUAGGAAUGCCCCCCACACUUUGUCCCUUCCCCUUGCCUACCCCCACCCACCACCACCACCACCACCACCACCACCACCACCACGAGGUCCCUUCAAGGCCUCCCACAUCCAGGCCAAAGCCCUACGUGCCUUGUCCAGGAAUCGCCCUGGCCUGCCGUGGGCCCUGCAGUGGGCCCAGCAGAGGGCGACACAGCUGCCCGACAGGAAAGAGGACCCCGCCUCGCUCCCUUCUUCCCUCUCCCCUCACCUGCGAUUGCCAGGAGAUGAGGGGGUGCAACUCAGCACCCUCCUUUUCUGCAAUGGAGGAGUAGGGUUGGGCAGACCAGCCUCUCACCCCCACCCCCAGCCAGCCCCCGCCUUGCUUUGUCCAGACAUGUAUAUCUCUCAGAUUUUUCUAAGGACCAAAAAGCAAAAACAAAAAAACAAAAAAACAAAAAAAACAAAAAAAAGAAAAAACACAAAACAACAAAAACAAAAAAUGCACACACAAGAAAAACCUAUAAAAAAGGAAUUAAAAACUUUCAGAGAAUUACUAUUUACUUUAUGAACUUACGGAUUUAUUAUAUAAAUAUAUAUUCACCUAGCAACACAUCCUUGCCGCCUUCUGCUCUCAUGAUGAAGACAUAGCUGAUCUGCUGCCCUCCCCCAGCCCCUUCCCGCUUUUCCUCUCUGCCGUCUGUCAUUGGGCAUGGGUCUCUGGGGACCCUCCCGAGGUGGAGGGUGGGCUGCUGGCCUGGCCGCCUGUUAGUUGAUGGGUUUUGCUCCCUCCCCCUCCUCCCCCCUCCCCAUUUUUGAGUUUAUUCUGAUUGAUUUGAUUAUUUUUUUUUUUCUCGGUUUCUGGAUAAACCACCCUUCUUGGGGACAGGAUAAUAAAACAUGUAAUAUUUUUCAGAAGGA